AAAAAGAAAAAUCUAAAUUGUUUUUUCAACGAGGAACCUCCAGAUAGGAUGCGAUGCAACAAUUGAUUUUUUUUGGCGCCACUUGAGAAAGGGAAAAAAUUACUAACAAUUUCAAAGUCGCGUGAAAAUGCCGCGCAUUAACAAUAAUAGAAAGUUCCAGACGAGUAGAAUUGCUGAAAAAGAAGAGAGAGAAAGCGAGAAAAACAAUGGCGGCCACCACCAGCAAGGAAAUUCCGGCGGCGGAGGCUGAGAUCUCCCCCAACGACUACCGAAUCGUUGUUGAAUUUCUGGAAGAUUGGGGGCUUGCUUCCUCAAUCAAACCAGAAUACAACGUUAAUGACGCCUUCUCCAAAGUCGUAGGCGGAGUUCUCAAACUCAUCUCCGCCCACAGGGGCAAAAUCUCCUGCAUUCUCAGCGCUAAACCGCCGGUUCUGAAUGGAAUCGGUAGACUGCAUGGGGGUGCUGUAGCAUCUGUGGCCGAGAGGGUUGCAAUUGCUUGUGCUAAAACAGUGGUCCACAAAGAUGAGGAUCUCUUCCUUGGAGAUCUUAGCAUCUCUUAUCUCUCAUCAGCUCCGCGUAAUGCAGAAAUAGUUGUGGACGCAUUUGUGAUAAGUAGUGAGAAGAAGCAGGCAAUAAUUGGGCUGAAUUUCCGAAUAGAGGAAACGGGGCGACUCUUGUACUUGAGUCGUGCUACAUUUGAGAGCAUGCCCCUUUCAAGCCGUUUGUGAAUCCUAUAUCUGCUAAAUUAUGUCAUGAGCAAGCAAGGAUAAACUAUAUAAAAUAAAAUAUAGUACAUUGAGAUUUAUAUUUCUUCUGGAUUUCGAACUGGUAUAUUAAAACAAAUAUUUAUUUUACAAUCAAUUUUAGUAUCGACUGUGCCAU